AUGGCCAACCCCUCCCCCCUCCGUCGGGGCUCCUCGACAGGCCAUCUCCCGCUCCCUCCACAACCUCUCGCGACGACCUCCUCGACCCCGACCCCAAGUCCAGCAGCGGCGACGUCCAACAGCAGCUCCGAACCCCCCGUGCAUCCUUCCCUCCUCCAGCCUCGCGUCGCCGUCGUCCUCAACGUGCCCCCGCCCUGGCACCCGUGGCUCUUCACCCUCCGCCUCGUCUCCAUCCUUCCCGCGCUCUGGUGGGGUCUCCCCUCGGCGCUUCAGCUCCUGCUGAGACUGCUUCCCGGGCCGGAGCUCGUCGUCGUCGUUCCCUCGGCGGCGGCUGGGACAAAGGGGUUGAGCGUCGAGGCGGAUGCGAGGUAUGCCCUGACUGAAACCGGGCUCGCUACUAUAUGGUGUUUUGCUUCAGGAUAUUUGUCUUUUUUCUUUACCGACUGCCUGAUGUCGCGAUGGCUCAUCAACUAUACUCCCCAGGCGACAAUGGUCCGCCUCCUAACUAUUAAUGCCUGCAACGCCUACAUCACGGCCGGCGUGCUCUCCCUCGCGGGCGGUUUCCAAGACCCCCGUCUCCUCCUGCCAGGCUGGAUCGGCAUAGCGACUACCCUGACCGUAAUGUAUCACAUCACGCACCAGAAAAUCAACAUUCGCAAGGAGACAUCGACGUCCAUCAACGUCUUCUCCAUCGCCAGCUUCCUCAGCAUGGUGACUUUGCUCGCGCACAUGCACCUCUACACGCCCCAGUAUCCCCAGAUACCCCUCAUCGCCUCUGGCCGCCGCGCCUGGGACGAGGCGUCACGCGUCGUCGCGCAGGUUAGGGGCAGCAUCGAGCAGCAUGACGGCCUCUAG